GACUGGAUCUCAUGACCACCAUAAUUGCAAAGGCACUUGGGAAAAGAAAAAGUAAAAUUGUCCAGAUUGACUUGCCCAAUUGCCUGAGGUUUGACCUUGGUUUGGGUUCUGCUAAAAGCCAAAAAGGGGUGAGUAGUAUCUAGCUUAUGAACAGAAGUAUAUUGUGAAGAAUUAUUUCUACUAUUACCUAUUCAGAUUUUCAGCUGCUUUGGGCCAAGAAGUUUUCUACAUCACGUUUCUUCCCUUCACUCACUGGAAUAUUGAUCCUUAUUUAUCCAGAAGACUGAUCAUCAUAUGGGUUUUGGUGAUGUAUAUUGGCCAGGUGGCUAAGGAUAUCUUGAAGUGGCCCCGUCCCUCUUCCCCUCCCGUCGUGAGACUUGAAAAGAGAGUGAUUGCUGAAUAUGGAAUGCCGUCCACCCACGCCAUGGCGGCCACUGCCAUUGCCUCCACACUCCUCAUCUCUACUGUGGACAGAUAUCAGUAUCCUUUUGUUUUGGGAUUGAUGAUGGCUGUGGUGUUUUCCACCUUGGUGUGUCUCAGUCGGCUCUACACUGGGAUGCACACUGUCCUGGAUGUGCUGGGCGGUGUCCUGAUGACCGUGCUCCUCAUCAUCCUCACCUACCCUGCCUGGACCUUCAUUGACUGCCUGGACUCGACCAGCCCCCUCUUCCCUGUGUGUGUCCUAGUUGUGCCAUUCUUCUUGUGUUACAACUACCCGGUGUCUGAUUACUAUAGCCCAACCAGAGCAGACACCACCACCAUUCUGGCUGCUGGGGCUGGAGUGACCAUAGGAUGCUGGAUCAACCAUUUCUUCCAGCUCGUGUCCAAGCCCUCUGAGUCUCUCCCUGUCAUUCAGAAUAUCCCACCACUCACCACUGACAUGUUAGUUCUGGGUCUGACCAAAUUUACGGUGGGAAUUGUGUUGAUCCUCUUGGUUCGUCAACUUGUACAAAAUCUCUCACUGCAAGUACUAUACUCCUGGUUCAAGGUGGUCACCAGGAACAAGGAGGCCAGGCGGAGACUGGAGAUUGAAGUGCCUUACAAGUUUGUUACCUAUACAUCCGUUGGCAUCUGCGCUACAACAUUUGUGCCAAUGCUGCACAGGUUUUUAGGAUUACUCUGAACCUCAAACAGUUGGAAACCAGUCCACUGAACAUAAGAGCCAAGACAUAGAAAUGCUGUUGGUGGGCAAGUGUUGACAACCAAUUUUUCCUUUAAAAAAAAAAUCUUAAGUCAUCUGUUUUGUUAAUACCAGUUAAGUGAUGCUGCUGUGUAAAAGGAAAAACUGUCUCAUAGGAACCCUUAGUCUGUAAUGGUUAUGCUACAGUUGAACCCAGGCUAAAAACCAUAAUCAAGAUCUUUAAGGACAACCCCGUCCUGCCCCUUCUUUUACACGGACUUGAAAGCUAGUCAUGAACUGUCAGGAAUUGUGGCCUGGCUUAGGAAUGGCUGUGAGCCCCACUGGAUUCUGGAGAGCCAACAAAGAUGGGGUGAUCUGGGAGGCUGGAGGUAGAGCAUUGCUUUUCAGUUAUGAUCUUGCCCAGCACAGAGUCUCAUUUCCAAAAUGAGAACUUUGGUCCGGGAGAAAGGAUGGCUCCACAUAAAAUGCAUUCCUUGGACUGGUGAUUUCCCUGUUACAAUCAAAUUAGAGUGCGCCUGCUUGGGAGGUAAGACCACUUAGAAGUAAAGCUUACUGUGAAGAGAUUCCAGGCGAGGGCACAGCUGUGAGGUCAUAGGGAAAAGCCUGCUUUCCUUAUGAGUCCUGGUCUCCGUUAGGUGUUCUUAUUGAGAGAAGGAUCUGCUUGUCCUUGUUUAUACAUUUUGUGGGAUUCCAGGUACCAUUUCUGCACUCUUCUGACCCAUGAAACUGGCUGCUCCCACGGCACAAGGCAGGUGAGGGGUUCGCCUUCAUCACAAGUGGGUGAAUCUGAGAUUUACCGAGAUUUCUGCUUCCUAGUAGCUUGGGACAAGCCCUCUGCCCAUCUUCUGCUUUGUUUUUUAUUUUUGUGUGUGUGUUGGUUUUUGUUUUGUUUUGGUUUUGGUUUUUUUUUUUUUUUUUUGGCUUCUAUAUGAACUCGGAAGGCUCUGACUUCUUCCUAGGAAAGUAAAUAAAAAGAAGAACGAAUGAACUUCCUGAAGCCUGACAAGAGGAGACAGGACCAUCUGACUUUAUUCUUCUGUUUCUUUCUGUAAAUCCGUUUUCUCAUCUACUAAAUAAAAUCAGCCUCCUUUUCUGUC